AUGUACACCUGGAAUCACACAAAUAAAGCAGACUUCAUCCUCAUGGGGUUGACAGAUUCCAAAGAAAUACAGCUGGUCCUCUCUGUACUGUUUCUCCUGAUAUACCUGGUCACUGUUCUGGGAAACAUAGGGAUGAUGUUGCUCAUCUGUCUAGAUACUCAGCUUCACACUCCAAUGUAUUUUUUCCUCAUGCAUCUGUCAUUUCUUGACCUCAGUUAUUCAACUGCCAUCACACCGAAAACAUUAGAGAACCUGCUAACAACAAACAAGAGCAUUUCCUAUACAGGUUGUUUUACCCAACUGUAUAUUUUCAUCCUCUUAGCAGGUACUGAAUGUUUUUUGCUUUCCUCAAUGGCCUAUGACCGCUACAUAGCCAUCUGCAACCCUUUACAUUACCCUGUUAUUAUGUCUUCACGAUGCUGCCUUGCUCUCCUUACUGGGUCCUAUGUAAUUGGAACUGUGGAUUCCUCUGUAACUGUGUUUAGCAUGAUUACCCUACAUUUCUGCAAGUCCAACGUCAUCCAUCAUUUUUAUUGUGACACAUCUCCACUUCUAUCUCUGUCUUGCAGUGACACACAUGUGAUUGAAUUCAUUAUAUUCAUUUUUGCAGGUUCCACACUCUUGGGGUCCCUUAUUACAAUAUCUACAUCUUAUGUAUCCAUUCUUUCUACUAUUUUGAAGAUAAAUUCCACUUCAGGAAAGCAAAAAGCCUUUUCCACUUGUGCCUCUCAUCUCCUCGGAGUGACUGUUUUUUACAGCACUCUGAUUUUUACUUAUUUAAAGCCAAGUAAGUCCUAUUCUUUGGGAAAGGAUCAAAUAGCUUCUAUAUUUUACACAAUUGUGAUCCCUAUGCUGAAUCCACUUAUUUAUAGUCUUAGAAACAAAGAAGUCAAAAGUGCUGUUGUUAGAUUAGUGAAGAAGAGACAAGGUUCCAGAAAGUUAAGAUAA